UAGUAAAGUAUUGAUUAAUGGCCAGAUUGUGGGUCGCGGUCUUAGAUUUUGUUGUGGGUGUCACUCAUAGCCGCCGCCCGCCAGCCGCUAAUCAGGAUUCUAUGACUCUAAGGCCUAGUGGUCCUUGGUGGCAGUCGUUUGUUGACUGUAUUGCUGUUUAUUAUAUAUGGAUUAUAUUAUUUGUAUCCAAUAAGUUGUAGUAAUUAAUAAUUAAUAAUAAUUAGUAAUAAUUAUAAUAUUUAAUUGUGUGUUAGAUUAUUAUUUUUUCAUAAUAGUAACUUAAUUGAAAAUAAUUUUUAAAAAAAUCAUUUGAUUUAUGUUAAACAAAUUUAAAUGUGUUCUAUGCCAAAUAAAAUGUUGAAAAAUAUCGUACGUGUGUGGGAGUUGAACCGAAUUAAACCUAUAACUAUAGUUAAUCAUCUAUGUACUACAACCGAUAACCUUGAAAAAGAUGACGGUAAAUCAUUAACAAAGGAAAAAGCUCGCACGUUUGUAAUGAAUUUGACAAUUGAAGAAAGAGACAUUUUGGCGUGGUCCUUAAAUCAUCUAGAAUCUGAAGAGACCAAAGCAGAAUAUCGAGGUUCAGUACCCAAAAUUUGUAUAUUUUAGAUCAUAAAUCUGACUGCAUGGGUUCUUAUAACACAAUCAAAUAUUCCUAUUUGAUUUUUAUUGUAAAAUGAAACUAAAAAUACACUUAAAACUAAUUGUAUUACUUACGUUUUAUUUACUAAGUAACAAAUAAGUUAAAACGAAUAUAUGAAAUGUAGUUAAAGUUAAAAUAAUUCAUGUUUAGGCCAAUUAGCAGGAUUUAGAUGGCGUUCAAAAUUUGGACGUCCUAGCAAAGUUCCUGAACUAGGAGAUGUAGAUCCAACAGGCUCUUACUGCCCACUACCUGAAGAAUGGAUAUUAAAAAAAUAUGGUACCUACAACAUCUAUUUAAAUUAAAUAUACAGAAUGAUUCACUAAGCUUGCUCACCCCAUUUUUUUCUGUUAAAUUUUGAAUAAUAUAUUCAAAUUCUGAUUUUUGGAUUUUUUAAGUGUAGGUAGUUAAAGUCUAGAUUUCCAAAUGAUUAGAUUUUUCUAAAUGGGAACUUGUAUUAAAAAUGUCAUAAAUAGUUGGAAAAUUACCUUAAAUAAACCUAUUGAAGUAUUCAAAAAUUUUAGCUUUAAGUAUUAAAAAUUCUAAGAAUCAAAAUUUGAAUACAUGUAUGUAAAAUUUGACAAAAAAUAAUAAUUAUGGGGUGAAUACACUUAGUGAAUCAUUCUGAAAAAGCUAUGAAAUAGUAUAUACUAUAUUAUACUGAAUUUAUUAAUAACUAAUUAGUAUAAAUUAAACAAAUUAAUAACAUUUUAAAAUUUAAUAUUUCUGUUAUUAUCCUUCCGUGUAUAGAAGAAAUUAAUGGUAAGACAAUUUAUUAUAUAAUUCAUAAUAACAAUUGAAUUUCUUAAGUACCUACCUAACUUCUCAUAUUUUCGUAAAUUCUAUUGUAAAAUUUAAAUUCUGUUUACUAUUUUAAUUUAGUGGAAACUGUACCUGAACCAACUAGAGCCCAGUUAUUUAGAGGUAUGCAAUAAGUACCUAUAUGUUUUAAAUGAGUAGUUUUUCAAAAAAAUAUUUGUUCAUUAGUGGGAUUACAAAAUGCUAUUCCUUUCAUAAUGUUUGGAUUUUUGGACAAUUCUGUGAUGCUAAUAUGUGUAUGUAUAUUUUUCUAUUUUUAUUUGUUAACAUUGUGUAGCAAAUUGUACAUAAUAUUUAUAUAUGUAAAUAAAUUCAGGGUGAAUCAAUAGAAAGAACAGUUGGUGCCGUAAUUACAAUAUCAACGAUGGCCGCAGCUGCCAUUGGUAAUACUUUCUCAGACAUUCUUGGAAUUGGUUCUUCAUAUUAUGUUGAACAAAUGGUUAUCAAACUUGGCUUAAAACCUCCUAAUCUAACACCUGUACAGUUGGAUAUGAAUUGUAGUAGACGAGCUGCUAAUUUAGUAAGAUUCAUUAAAUCAAAAUAUCAAAUUAUAAUAAUAUUACAGUGAAUUUACUUAUUUUAAAAACAAGAUAUGAUUGUGAGAAAUAUUAUUGUAUAAAUAUACAACAUUUUGUUUAAAAAUUAAAAUAUCUUAAAAAGCCAAAGAGUGGUUCUCCUAAACGCAAAUAUGCCAUGUUGUGCAUUUAUAAAAUGGUGACAACAAAUAAAUGUGUGUUCUCUUAAUAGACUUUAUCUCAUACAUGCAAUUUAUUUUUAAUUUCAUAGAAAUUGAAUAUAAUUUGUACAUGCAUACACCAUCGUUAAUAAAUUUUCAUUAAAAUAUUCUUUAAAAAUUCAAAUUUUAGCAUUAAUUAAUAAAGUAUUCAGAUUUUUCAAUCUGUUAUAUUUUACUUUUUUUUUUUUUUUUUUUUUUGCAAAGACUUAUCAUUUUCAAUAACUUUGGUGAUAAUUGGUAAUUGCAUAUUAAUUUCAUUUAUUGUUAGGGAAGAACACUUGGAGUAACUCUAGGUUGCUUUUUGGGCAUGUUUCCAUUGCUAUUCAAAAAAGAUGAAGAAGCUACAGAUGACAAAUCUGAAGAUGAAGAAGAAAAAUAAAUUUAUCUAUUAUUUAACUAUUCAUUCUGACUGAUUUCUGGAAAUGUAUUGCAUUAAUAAUGUAUAAGUAUUAAUAUUGCCUAGCUUACCAGUGGUGUAUUUAUAAGAUUUCUGGUUUUCACUUCCCCUUAGGGGAGAAAAGAAAUAUACUUAAUUAUUUAUUUUCUAUAUUUAGAAUGUAUUUCAAGUACAAUACCCUAUGGAUAAAGUUUUGGAAAUGCUAAAACCAAACCCACUGAAUGUAGCAAUUAUAUUCAUCAAUUCCAAAUUUACCUCACAUUAAUAUAAACCAUUUUUAGUUUUAUGUGCAAUUUUAAUUUAAUACUUUAUUUUUAAUUAUCAAUUUAUAAAAUAACAUUUUGUAUUUUAAGUACUAUAAUUUUUAAUAACUAAUUAAUUAGUCAAUAUAUAACUUAGUUCAUAGUACUUAUUGUUUACCAUUCAUUUUUCAUUGUUAUUAUACAUUUGUGUUUUGUGUGAAAUUUAUAAUUAUAAGUAUUGAUUUCUUCAAUAAGUGUACUUCUUUCUCCACCUACCCCAUUAAGUCGGUUUUUUUUAGUUU